AUGGUUCUGCUGAGUUUCUUCUUGGGUAUUGCCGUCACCCGUAACACCCACGGUGUCUUCUUAUCUCAGACACAAUAUGCUACAAAAAUUAUUGAACAUGUCGGAAUGUCUAACUGUAUUCCCUGUCCUACUUCUGUUGACACUAAGUCCAAACUUAGUGCAACCGCAGAUACUUCGUAUGAUGAUCCGACUAAGUAUCGUAGUCUUGCAGGUGCUCUUCAGUAUCUCACAUUCACUCGGCCAGACAUUUCAUAUGCCAUGCAGCAGGUGUGUCUUCAUAUGCACGCUCCGACUAAUGAGCACAUGCGUGACCUCAAGCGUAUUAUACGCUAUCUUCAGGGUACUUUAACCCACAGUUUGCAUUUGUACAAAUACUCAGUUAAUCGACUUAUCUCUUAUACAAAUGCUGAUUGGGGUGGGUGUCCUAACACCCAUUAUUUCACUUCUGGGUAUUGUAUUUUUCUUGGGGAUAAUUUGGUCUCUUGGUCUUCCAAACGGCAACCUACUCUCUCCCGUAGUAGUGUAGAGGCGGAGUACAGGGGUGUUGCUAAUGUUGUUUCUAAUUCAUGCUGGAUACGAAACCUACUACUAGAGUUGCAUUGUCCCAUUCAAAAGACUACCCUAGUUUAUUGUGACAAUGUGAGUGCGAUAUACUUAUCCGGCAACCCAGUUCAACAUCAAUGCACUAAACACAUUGAGAUGGAUAUUCACCUCAUUCGUGAGAAAGUGGCUCGUGGCGAAGUACGUGUGCUACAUGUGCCAUCCCGUUAUCAAAUUGCUGAUGUUUUCAUAAAAGGGCUUCCGUGUAUUUUAUUUAAUGAUUUUCGGUACAGUCUAAGCAUACGAGAACCUCUCACUUCGACUGAGGGGGUGUGCUAG